CUCUCGCUCCCCGAGCUCAGUACGUACGGUGGGCAAGAAGAUAACAGGCGCAAGUUUUUCCAUGUUGCUCCGCCUGAAGAUUACUACCGUCCAGCCUGUGGCACUGCUUCUUGGGCAUGACCAUGGCGCGACAGCAUCCCCGCGGCGGCUCGCCGGAGCCCUUCCGCAGGGCCGUGGAGCGUCCACGAGGGCAAAGAGGCUGAGGAGCGUGGCGGUGGCGAUGGCGCUCAAGGAGGAGGAGCCGGAGAGCAGCCGAAGCCGCUUCGCCGGGGGCGGCCCGAGCUGGGACCCCAGGAUGGAGAUCGGAGUCCCAUACGAGCAAAGGCCGGUUAACGAGUACUCUGCUCUCAAGGAGAGCACCUUGUACUCGUGGGCAGAGCUGAGUCCAGGCUCUUUCUUCAUGCGCCUAGGCAGCCUGUGCCUGGUCACAUUUACAGUUCUGGCGGCCCCAAUCUCAGCCGCAAGUUUCAGUCCCGGAAAGGAUCCACUCAAGUUCGUGCUAGCUGCUGGGAUUGGGACCCUGCUCCUGGUGUCUCUCGUGGUUCUCAGGAUCUACCUGGGUUGGAGCUACGUUGGUGACAGGCUAUUGUCGGCAGUCGUGCCAUAUGAAGAAACCGGGUGGUACGAUGGCCAAAUGUGGGUCAAGCCAGCAGUGGUGCUGGCUCGCGACAGGUUAUUGGGAUCUUACAAGGUAAAGCCGGUGAUCAACCUGCUCAAACAGACACUGGUUGGCACCGGUGCGCUGCUCGUCGGGGCGGUGGCACUCUUCACGUUCGCCGCCCCCGUCGAGGAAUUCGUCCACUCCUUCAAUGGAGCCCCCACUACCGCCUCCUCUAAGCCGAUCAUGAGGAGAGAAGACCUGCUGAAGCUGCCUGCCGAGGUGAGGCAAGACGACGACCUCGCUGCGGCUGCUGCGGAGGCCGCCAAUGGACGCCCGGUUUACUGCAGGGAUCGCUACUACCGGGCGCUCGCCGGCGGUCAGUACUGCACCUCAGACGACCUGCUCAACUGAUGAUAGCAAAUAGUAAUAGUACAUACGUAUUCUGGUAUAUGCAGUUUGCCACAUUUAUAUAAUAAGCACAAGUUAAGCAAAUGUAUCUUAUCGGAAUGAAAUUUUGGGAAGAACGAUGUUGUUGAUUCUGUAAUAGAUUGCUUCAUAAUAACAGCUCACUGGCUGCCCCAUUGUUGUAAACUUAAA